UGAACGAGUACAAUUUGCGAUGGAAUUUUAAGAUAUUUUAUUAAAAACAAAAAGAAAAUUUUAAUAGAUCAUUGAGAAAAUAUACAGGAAUGAAAAAUGCAUUCUGAAAAUAUUUUAAACAAUAUACUGAUUGACCGUGUUCCAGUUGAAUGUUAUUACCCAGCAUUUUUUCAGAAGAACAAAACGUCCAAUGAAUUUUACAGGCAAUUUACAUUUAACGGAAUCAAUUAUACUGUAGGAAAUUAUAUAUUAAUAGAUGGUGAACUUAAAACGGAGGUUGCAAAAAUAUCCUGUAUAUUUAUUGAUAAGACUCGAAUGGUACAGUUAGUUGUUAGAAAAUAUUCAUUUGCAGCUGAUUUAAAAGAACUUUUAUUGAAGGAGGAUUGCUCAUGUUUUUAUGAUAGUGAGAUUGUUGAAGAUAUUACAAAGGAUUACGUAGUACAAGCAGAUAAAGUUUUAAAAAAGUGCUUUGUGAUAUUUGCAGAGGAAAAUGACUCUGACGUAAUUCAAGAAAAUAAGCUAGAUUCAUCUAUAUAUUUUUUAUGUCGAUAUAGUUUAAAAACUAGUGGAUUGUUUCCAAUAUUCUCCACAUCUACGAUUUUGAGUGAGAAUAAUUCAAAAAGCCCUCUUAGAAAGCCUUGUUCCACUAAGAAGCAACAGAAACAGAAACUCGAUUCGGAGAAUAUAAAUGUUUGUCUAGGUGAUGAAAUGGAGAAAGCAAGUCCCAAAAAUGGGUAUAAAAACAUAAAAACUCCCACGACCGAUGUCACUUUCUCGCCAGUUCAAAGGAACUCUGUCAAAAGGAACCUAAACAAAUCUUUCGGUACGUGCUCUGGUGAAACGAACGAUUCAAUUUUGAAUUACUCAAUUGUAAGCGAUGAUGAUACUGACAAUCCUUUCCUGUUAAAGCUCAGAAUUUCUGAGAGUAAUACGAAACCAUUUGUGCUGCUAGAAAAAUUAAAUGACUCCGACAGCCCCAAAGAAAAAGGGGAAAAGGGGCCUGAAAGUCCCAUUAAAAGGAAAUCGACUAGACCGAUUCAAAGAAAAUCGUACGCAGAUUACAUAUCGCCUAUUAAAGGUAGGAAGAGAAUUAAUUCUUACGAAGAUUCGGGUAAUAAUAGGAAAACGGAAGCGCCACAAAAAUUUAAGGAAAAAUUGGGAACCCCCAAAAAAACUAAAUCAAACGAGGAAAUUUCUGAAAAACGGGAAAUAAAAACACCAAGAAAAUCCCGGGAGGGACACUGGAGUCCACAAGCAAAUACGAGCCCUCAGAGUUCCGUUCGCAGAUCGUUGAGGUUAACGACGUCGAGAGGAGCUAGUCGAGACAGAAACAAAAGAGAAACGAGCGUGACGGAUUCGGAUACAGAGAAAACUCCUAAAAAGAGGAUCAACCUUGACGAAUCCAUUCGAAGAUCUAUUUUAAAGAUAAGAUUAAAUAGAGCCGAUUUGGAGGAACACACGUCUCCUGACAACGCUAAAAAGAAGAGGCACAAAAAUAAAUAUACCGGUGAAUUUUCCGAUUCCUCGGAGAGCGAAAAUAACGACAAAAAUAAAAAUCGAAAUAGAAUUAUUUUGGCAAGCCCCAGCACCCCAAAACGUAGACAGAAACCAAACUCUGUGGAAGAGCUCGACGUGGAUUGUUCUGUUUUCAAAACGCCAAAGACUAAUAGAAAUAUGACGCCAAAGCAGACACCGAAAACGCCCAAAAAUAGGGCGAAACUAAUCAGAGAGGGAGUAAUAACCCCAUCGAUGCAUUCUAGGGGUAACGUCGUAGCUGGCGAUAAGACCCCUUUAAUGAAGGCUAGGAGCCAGCUUCAUGUUUCGUACGUGCCAAACGCUCUACCUUGCAGGGAUAAAGAAUAUAAUACCGUAUUGAAUUUUGUGGAAGACAAGUUGUCCGAUGGCUGUGGGGGUUGCAUCUAUAUAUCCGGUGUACCGGGUACGGGUAAAACAGCAACUGUGACGUCUGUAAUAAGUGAUUUACAGCUAAACAAGGAUAUUCCAAAAUUCGUGUUCGUAAGCAUAAACGGAAUGAGACUGACUGAACCUAAGCAGGCUUAUGUAGAGAUUUUAAAACAACUUUCUGGAAAAACCGUCCAUUGGGAACAAGCGCAGAGUAUACUGGAGGAAAAAUUUACCAAAUCCAAAAAAAUGGUGCCUACUGUUAUGUUGGUCGAUGAGCUGGACGUUUUGUACACGAGAAGACAAGACGUCGUGUACAACCUCCUGGACUGGCCCAGCAAGGCGAAAAACCAACUGAUCAUUAUAACCAUAGCCAAUACGAUGGACCUACCCGAAAGAUUACUCGUUAAUAGAGUGGCGAGUCGGCUGGGUUUGACUCGGUUGACGUUUCAAGCCUACACGCACGGUCAGUUGCAAGAAAUCGUGAUAAAACGCCUCUCUGGAACGGAAUGCUUCAAUCCCGAUGCUAUCCAGUUGGUCGCCAGGAAAGUCGCGUCGGUGUCUGGAGACGCGAGGAGAGCAUUGGAUAUAUGUAGGAGGGCGGCGGAAAUCGCCGAGUCGGAGAGUAGCGUUCAGUUAGUGAGCAUGAACCACGUGAAUAAGGCGGUGGCUAGCAUGAUCACGCAGCCCAAAGUUAGGGCUAUCAAGUGCUGUUCCAGGCUCGAACAGUUGAUUUUACAGUCCAUCGUUGCCGAGGUGGAGCGGACUGGUGUGGAAGAGACGACAUUCUCCGAUGUCUUUAAAAUGCUCGUCUCAUGUGCGGCUAUCGAAGGUUUUAAAAUGGUGUCCAGUACGAUAGCUUUAUCGGCAGUGUCUCGGUUAAGCGCUUGUAGACUUAUAUUGACUGAUCCAAAAUGUAAUGAUAUUACCCAGAAGCUUAUUUUAAACGUCAGUGUGGACGACGUGUAUUACGCACUGAAAAAGGAUCUCGCCUGACAUUAAUUUAGGAUUUUUAUUGUAUUUUAUGACCUU